AUGGGGGCAUCCAAGGGGUCACGUGGCCUCCCCGAGGGGGCGGGGCUUCGGGGGGGGGGCGGGGCUGACCACGUCCUGUCCUCUCAUUGGCAGCUCCUGGACCUGCCCCCGGCCCCGCCCACCUCCGCCCUCCACGUCCGGGUCACGUGGGCGCCGGGCCCCGCCUCCGCCGAGCUCACCCUCCAAUCAGGCGAGAAAGAGGCCUGGUGGCAGCAGCCAAUCGCAGCGCGGGAGCUGUUCUGGCCGGAAGUGGGCGUGGCCGAGGCGGGGCUGCUGCAGGAGCAGGCUCAAUGGUGCCGGGAGCUGCGGGAGCUGGAGCCCCACAGCAGGGGCUGCCUGCUGGCCCUGGCGCUGCUGCUCUGGGCCCUGGAGCCGCUGGAGCAUGAGGAGGAGGCGCGGAGCUGCCUGAAGGAGCUGCAGGCAGCGGACCCGCUGAGGCGGGGCUUCGUCAGCGAUGCCGCGUCCCGAUUGGAGGUGGCGGCGGCGCUGCUGCGCAGGGGGGCGGGGCCUGACGGGGAGCUCCGCCUCCGAGGGAAGGCGCUGACGUCACUUCCGCUGCUGGAGCACCUGACCCUGGUGCCCCACCUGGACCUGGCCCACAACGGCCUCGGGGGGCUCCCGGCAGCCAUGGGGGCCCUGCGGCGCCUCAAGGUCUAG